GUUGCUGGAUUUUUAAUGCAAAAUCUGAAGACAUCUGUGAGAGAAACGCAUAUCAAAUGGCAGACCCUUUUUACGGGGGGUUCUGUUGAGACAUGUCGUAAUGGCAAGAGAGGAGUCUCGAGGCAAGAGACCUUUAAAAAUUUGGGAUAGUUGGCGGAAUGUACGGAAGGGUGUUGUUGUUGGCACAUUUGAAGAAUUGUUAGUAAGAGGUAAGGAUAAAUUGGGGGUUCCUGCCUCAGAACCGGUGCGGCUUGUUCUUGAGAGCGAUGGAACCCAAAUUGAAGAUGGAGAAUAUUUUCGCACUUUGGCAAAUAACACAGUCCUAUUAUUGUUGAGGCAGGGGGAACGUUGGUAUCCCACAGGAGUAGAUGUUAUAAAAGCUGCUAUAUCAGCUAUACCGAAAAUCGUCUGUGAGACGAUUCAUGCAUUGGAGUUACAUGAUGAGACUCCAUCUUGGAAAAUUAUGGAUAAUAAGGGUCGUGUUACAGUUGUUCUACACUGGGACCAACGUCAAGGAGGAGGUGGAAGCAGUGGCGGAGCGUCUGGAGGCAUGGGGCCAAGUAGUAGUGGGGCAAGUACUAGUAAUGGCCCGCUAUCAUCUGAUAAAUAUUCGCCAUCGAAAAAGGGCCUUUCGGCGCAAAGUUCAUUGGACAACAAAUCGGUGUCUUCACAAUCGUCGCAACAGCGAUACACAAGUCCACAAAUAACGGUAAUAAGUGAUGAUGGUCCCGCUAACAUAUAUCAUCCCGGUGGCAUGGUAGUGUCACCAGGUAUUGUGAUACCUGGCACCAGCAGAAGGCUUUCAAAACAAGGUGGUUCCUUUGAUAGUGCCGUUGGUGCGGUGCAUGUACAUACGCCUGAAUGUGCACAUCAUGCUCAUACCCCUAGUCGAGCAGGAAGCCCAAGUACUACGGAAUGCGACUUCCAUUGCUGUGCCUUGCACGAGGAGGGUCGUAAAAUAGCUGUUCACAAAAGUGUAGCGACCUCGCCCAUCCAAGAUGGUACUACAAGUCCUCAGCCUCAACAACAGGCAACACUGGCCAUGUCUUCGGCUGUGGAUCCUAUGAUAGGCAGUAUGCAACGUCGGUCUUCGGGUACAAAAGGUCAUGUUCGUUUCCUUGAUAUUGCGCCGGAACGUGACAGUUCAGAAAGUGAGACGGAGAAUACAGUUAUGGAGGACGACAAGGUAACGACCGAAAAAUUCUUGCUCCUCAUCGAUCAACUCUCUGUAGAUCAAAAACGCCAUCUAAGUAUAAAGGACAUCGGAAUAAUUUUAGAACGGCUAAAUUCCAAAAUUUUAGAUGUUGAACGAUUGGAUAGAGAGUCAGAAUCCGACGAUUGUUACAACUGGACGAUAAAGGCAACAAUACGCGGAGAUGCUCUGCGCGAAUUGGGGGUAAUAUACAAUGGCAACUACUACGCCAUUUCCGAACAUCCAGGAUACAAAGAAGAACUCGAAGAGAAUGGCGAAGAACCUGAAGAGGAUGAAGAAGAUCGAAUCUAAA